UCACAGUCACCGGCACAUCUUUGUCUUCAACAAAACCUUGCGAGGAUAAAACAAAAUGAGAUCUUUCAUUGUAUUCGCUUUCAUAAUGGCUGUGGCCGCAGCCGCCUCAGUCCCGAUCUAUGACAUCUCAGGAGACAAAGCUGCCAAGGUCAUCAAGUUCGAUCUGAACAACAUCGGAGUCAACGGUUAUGACUUCGCCUACGAGACCAGUGACGGUAAGGUUGCCUCUGAGGUUGCCGAGCUGAAGAACGCCGGAUUAGAGAACGAGGGUCUUGAAGUGCGUGGUUUCUUCAGCUACCCUGGUGAUGAUGGCAAGAUUUACCGCGUAGACUACGUCGCCAACGACAAGGGCUUCCAACCAUCAGCUGCCCAUCUCCCCGCCUAAACAAACCAAAACUAAUUAGGCUAUGUAGGUUUUGUUGACUGUCUUUUUGUUGAAUAUACUUAUGUUUAUUGAAUCCUAACAAA